AGCGUGUGAAGGACUCAGCCCUUUCAGAUUCCUUUCAACACUAGAAAUGAGUAGUGCGGCAGAAGACCAUAAGCCCUGUGGCAGAGUUGUGAAGAAGCCAAAGUGUGCCACAGCGGUGGGCAACUUGACCAAAAACUGGCAGCAAUGGGCAAAUGAACAUUCUCUGAGGCAACAGGCUGCACCUACAGGCUGGGUUCCCGACUCUGUGAUAGAGACCAAAGCAAAAGGAAACUGCACUUCAAGUACCAGUCAAAUCAAUGAAAAAAACCUCUGCAAUGAUUUGAUUCAGAUCCCAACUAGAAAGACUAAAUGUGACCAGAAUACAAACAAUUCUGCAACAGUUAAUCUUAAUGACAACACAAUAACAGCUGGACACCAGAUCAAUAGACUGCUGGUUCCCAAGCUCCUGCAGUCAUGGACUCCACCUGAAAGGGAAGCUAAAAAGAUGCUUAGCUCAAGAAGCAGCAGCCUGGACACGGAGGACAGCGGAAUCGGGGAAGAGAUUUCAAUUAGUGAUGCUGAGGAAGAAAGGAAAAAGAAAACCUCCAACGAAGAUGAUUUUAAAAGGGAUUCCUUAGCUUUAUUAACAAAUAAAGUAAAGGACCGCAUACGCCCCAGGGUGAAAAUUGCCUCACUGAAUGACAUCAGGAAGAACUGGCAGAAAUGGGCAGAUGAGCAUAUCGAGAAGCAGAAGCUAAACCCUUUCAGCGAAGACUUUGACUAUGACUAUGCCAUGGCUACUCGUUUACAGAAAGGGGACGAUGGAUACGGAAGGCCUAAAGAAGGGAGCAUGACAGCUGAGAGGGCACAACGUGCUCAUAAACAUGUAUACAAAGAGAUGGAAGAAAUGUGUUUCAUAAUCCGGCAGAUGGGAGUGAAAGGAAAGGACGGCAAGGUGCGAAUCAGAUUCGGUGACCUUUUCGAGGACUAUGUUCGCAUCUCUGAUAAAGUAGUUGGAAUAGCACUAAGAGCUCGUAAGCACGGGAUGUUAGACUUUGAGGGUGAGAUGCUAUGGCAGGGGAGAGAUGACAAAGUAAUAAUUACCCUGCUAGUUUAAAGAAACAAUCUCAUACUAACAGUCUUAUUUUCUAACUAAAAUGAAAAAAACAUCUUUCAGAAAGAAUGAACUUCAGAUUUUUAUAUCUCAAGGGCACUCAUAUAUAUAUUUAUUUUAGACAGUGGCAACUCUUAAUGGAAUAUGUGAAUUGUAUGUUUUGCUGAAGGCAAGAAUGACCAGGUUUGCCUCUCUUUGUGUUUACUUCUUUCCUAAGCAGGUAGGACAGACAUGUAAUACAUAUAACCAACUGCCCUUCAUGCUCAGGAGACUUCACCUAUAUGCAAUAAUAGUAUGUGAUAAUAACUCUUGAGACUUUAUUGCAAUGUUGCACUUGGAUGUAAUAUAGGAUGCUCAUGGUAGGAAAUACUACUACAUAAAAAAUAUUAAUGCAGAGGUGCUCCUAUACAGACGGCAGGUUUCGUAACAUGUGCAAGUUAUUUAAUUAUUUAUUUAUUUAUGUAUGUAUUAAUUAUUAUUAUUUAUUGUUAUUUAUUAACAAGUGUGUAUACACCACUGGUUUCAGAAAGUCUGGACAAGAGGGCUGAUAAAGCAUGUAUUUUUGGAUGGCAUAACAUUCUCUAAUUUAGGACAGUAGUUGACAAAGGGGUCUUAUCUGAUGACCUUAACCAAUGGGAGGCUGAAUUAAGAAGAUCUGAGUAAGGCAGAGUUUUGGGGAGAAAAUUAGGGAGGAAGUUACUGAGGAAUCUUCUUACAAAUAGUAUCAAAUAUGAUACUUAAUGGAUGAGAGAUAGAAACGUAUGUAAGGUGGGAGCAAGCUUUAGGAAUAUUUUACUAUUAUAAGCUUGCAAGCAACGGUGUGACACGUGUUAUUGUGAAAGUAGACAUGAGGAAGAUAGACAGACUACAAAAGCAUGUAAGAAACAUAGUACAUGACUAAACUGCACUGAACCUACUGAGGCAGCGGUUAUGGUUAGCUAUGUAAACAAGCUCAUGGCUGACCAUAGGAAAACAGCCUAUAGCAGGCACACUGGAGGGUAGGUUGCUGCAUAUCUGCUGGUCAGACAGAAGGAGGGCAGUGCCACUUUUCAGUGAAAAUGUUUCUGAAGUGCCUUUUCAAGGGACAGAUUUGCUUAACUUAGGGAAAGGAUACCAAAGACUACAGAAAAGUUGAGUUAAGUUGUUUACUCAGGGAAGACAGAUAAUGAACAACACAGUUUAACAUUCUACAAUGAUGUCAUGAGGGUUGUUUGAUAUAGGCUAGAGCAGAACACAUGAAAUGUUCCACACAGAUAUGAAUCCAACAUUCCAAAAUGGAACACACAUCUGCCAAUAGAAUAUAACUUUCGCUGAGCUAUGGUGACAUUGGAGUUGGCCCAUUUAGUUGAGGGAGUGUGGGGAAAAUGACCUCUGAAAGUAAACUUUUUUUUUAAGCUCAUGGGAUUAUAGGAUCAUACUUUGGCCUAGCUAACACCCUCCUAGUGUCAUUAAAGCCUCAUAAACCAUAGUGAAAGAUGUUUUGUGACCAUAUUUGCUAUGUGUAUGGAUGAGGAUGAACUCAUCAACUGCUACAGAGCGGGUCAUGUGGAUAUACAAAGCAAGUGAAGGGGUAAUUAGUAGACAGAAUUAAAUAUGGCUGUAUGUAGGUAAAGGUAAUGCUGUUUGAUUGUCUUCUAAUGAAGAGAAAUAAACUUUAUUGCAGUGCAAGUGGAAUAAUGAAAAUACUGCAGUUUGGUAGUAAAAGGUAACAAAGGAUUGUAAAUUUAGUAGAAUUGUUUAAGUGUAAACACAGAGUUCUAGAUUUGGCAUACACUCCAAAUAACUAAUCAUGUUAAAUUUACUAAUUACUAGUUUGUAUCAUUGGAUUAGUUCUUAUAAAAUGAAAAGUUAUGCCUAUAGCUGUAUAGCCUAAAUGCAAAAGCUUGAGUUUUAGUUUGCUGUUGCCCUAGUCCAGAUUGGUGUAUAGCCUCUCAGCCCUAAUGAAUGAACAUAAGGACAGGGCAUAGAUUUAAGCAGAAGAGGCCAGUAUAAGCAAUACACAUGGUCUGAAGCCAAAUCAUGUGAUUUAAACCAUGUGAGAUCAACUCAGAAACUGAAGGAUGAAUGAGAGGCAGCAAACAAGCAAAUUAAUAGAAAUACGUCAUAUGGAAAAGGAAAACUGAAAUGUUGAGCCUACGUUAUUCUUACAACUCAAAUGUUUUAAGCUUGCAAAAAAGCUCAGAAUGAACCUGGAAAGUGAUAGUACUCAAUGUGUAACAAUAAAUGUCCUCAUCCCAUUACAUCUCACCGAUGUAUCACAUAACACCAUGUGGGUAGUGAAUGUUUAUCCGUAUGUACGCAGAUACAGUGGCUGGUUUUGCCAGAUGUGACCAUAUGACCAUUGCAUUGUAACACAUUUUCCUCUCCCACUGUAAUCUUAAAGGAGGUAAGCUUGAUGAAACUGAAAUUUAAAACAGGAAGGAUAUAAUGUGCAUCCUUUUAAUAAAUGAUCAUGUUAUUAUGAUACAUUUCUAAUUCCUUUCAAAAUGAAAGUUCAUGCUAUCUUUGUAAAGAGGUGCUGUUAUAUUAAUGCAGUGUGUUUAAUACUUUACUGCCUAAUGGUAUGUGUGUGAUUUGAAGGGACAAUUUCACAUUUAUUUUAUAUUGUAUAUAAAAUGUUUGUUUACAAGUACGUAUGUAUGUAUGCAUUAAUUUAUACAGGUGUUUCAGCAUGGGUUUGAAUACAAUUACAGACAUACUCUCAAGAAGACUGAAUAAAGUUUUACAUUGAAUUAUUUUCUUAAUUGAAUAAUAUAUUUAUCCCUUUCCAUAUUACUACAUCUGCAUCUCUUCUAUGUGCUUUUAUCUUUUUUACACUAAAAAAUGAAAUACAGCAAUUAUAUAUAUACAUACAUACAUACAUGCACUCAUAGUAUUACUAACUAAAAUCAAUUAAAACGGACUGUGCCAUUCAUUAUAAAGCAUUUUAAAAAUAAA